CCGCGAGUUCGCCCGCUUCGAGCCGCCUCGCCCGGACGUCAGCGGGAAUGUGAGCUGCGUCUCGCGGCUGCGUGACCGGGGCAGCUUGAGAACAAAAAAAAAAAAAAAAAAUCAAAUAAACGAAACGCACCCAGGUUCAGGCAUCGUUUAUUGGACCUGACGGGAAGUCGUGCUGCCACAGCCGCCGGGUCACAUGUAAAUCCCAGAACAAACAACCGGAGGACAGGAGCAGCAAAGGAAAUCACAAAACACCAAUAACAAACUCAAACCUCCCACUAGGUGCUGAAGCAAAACCAAAGGAUCAGCCCAACUUUCUCACAUACGUGCAGUGGCACAGUGGCUGCUACGUUGGUGGAGCAGCACGGUAUGUUUAGGCCCCACGUCUGGCGCUGGUGUGGCGGGACGCGCUCGUCCGAACCGCAGCAUUUACAUCAUCUAUAGCUAGUCAGCGGAUACACGAGGUCAUUCGUUCUGACUCCGGUUCUCUUUUUGGGGUGACAACGUAACAUUGUGCGCGGGGACUACAAAUGAAGCCCAGCCUUUUUAUUUUUUUAUUUAUUUAUUUUUUUUGCUCACGCCGGCGCCUUUACAUACACGUCCAUUAAUGUGCACUGCCCUCCCCGCGAAAUAACCCCAUAAACCAAUAAAGCUCGAGAGGACGCUCGUCUGGACUUUCGCGGCAACAAGAAAUGGGAACAGAGUGAGUCCUCUUCUCGUGUGUGUGUGUGUGUGUGUGUGUUUGUGGGAUUUGUCUGGGGAGCGCGCACGCGGCCGCUGGACUUCCGCGACGCCGCUCGAGAGCGACCCGAAGCGAGAGCACGAGAGCAGGAGGGGGAUUUCCAGCUCGAGCAAACCCACUUCCCGAGCCAGCCGUUGUUUUGCUUUCGGUCUCGGCACAGAAACAGAAAUAAGCGACGGACACGCUCUUUCUGUCUCUCCGCUUCAAACCGCUACUAAAGCAACUUGCCUAACUCGGGCCGUGCCCGUUGUUCCCGACAGCAGGACCGUGAGGCGGCAGGCCCUCCAAACUGAACAGGCCACAAUGCCAGUAGAAAGAAUGAGGAUGCGACCGUGGUUAGAGGAACAAAUCAACUCCUGUCAGAUACCUGGACUCAAAUGGGUAAAUAAAGAAAAGAGAAUCUUUCAGAUCCCAUGGAUGCAUGCUGCACGCCAUGGCUGGGACCUUGAGAAAGAUGCUCCACUCUUCAUGAGAUGGGCCAUACACACUGGUAAAUACCAGCCAGGCAUAGACCGUCCAGAUCCAAAGACGUGGAAGGCUAAUUUCCGCUGUGCCAUGAACAGCCUGCCAGACAUCGAAGAAGUGAAGGACAAAAGCAACAAAAAGGGAACUAAUGCCUUCAGAGUUUAUAAGAUGCUCUCCUCCACAGAGAGAAGCUUGAAAAAAGGAAAAAAGAAGACAGACAAAGAGGGGAGGCCCAAGGGAAAUAAAGAGGUAGCUUCUCCAUCUCCAGACAGGACUCUUCUCGAAGCUAAUGCUGGGCCUAUUGACUAUUCCAAACAGGAACUGAUCAAACAGGAAGUGGUCAAGCAGGAAGCAGUAGAGCUAACAGUGACAGACAGUGCCUCAGCCAUUCACAGUUCAGUAGAAGACCACGUGAUCACGAGCGAGCAGCUGCCAUUCGUCUGUCAGACAAUAGAAGUAACCACUGAGAAUGAAGAGCAGACGGUUAGCUCCUCCCACUCGUACCCGCUCCAAAUUUCUCCUGUGUCUUCAUGCUGUGGCAGUGACAUAGACAGUGACACAGAAGACUCUAAAGUGGGUGUCAGUGCAGUGUGGAGGCGGGACUACAACACAACGGUUCUCAGGGUUCCUACAUGUUCUCUUCCUGGCAUGGCCACUUUUGUCAACGCGAACAAGCCCAACUUCAGGGUCACCAGCACGCGAGACCCAGCCCCACUCAUCAGCUACCACAACGAUGGCUGGAUGCCGGCCUACGCCCAGAACUCUCUCGUGUCUCCGGCGCCCAGCCACACCCACGAGAUGCGUGCAAGUGUCAUCAUGAAAACCUCUGAUGUUACCUCCUCGUGACCCCAGAUGAGGGAGUAUCAUCACUGCCCUCGCAGAACGACACAGAAUGUUGUUUUUCCUCCAUCAGGGCCACGUGGUGCCUAAAAGGCCAAACUUCUAAAUCUGUGAUUUUCUUGUAGCUUCUGUCUUGGCCAGGAAUUCCCUCAGUUUCCCUUUUUAAUUGGGGAAAUUGCUGACUGUUGUUUAAUGAAAUUUGCGGUAGCUUGGCUUUCCCACUAAUUGGUGAGCACUGAAGCAGAAUUCAUAGGUUCUGCAACUGUGGGGCUGCGAGGGUUUUACGUGAUGCAAAUUUCAUCAUCCUCCCAUGUGUGCGAGGACUCGCAGACAGUCCAAUGUGAAGCUUAAAAUUUAUGACCACAUGGAACGUACAUGCCGACACGCAUGUAUGUAUACAUAUGGUGUUGUCCGUCGUCACAUCUGUUUUGGACUGUAUUUAGCCCUCUAAGACGCCUUAAUCAACCAUGUGUCACUGGUAGAUCAUUUCCCUGCUGCUUUUUGCUAAAACUUUAGCAUACACUAUGCCGAAAGAAGUUCUCCAUUUUAAUGUCAUGAAAGACACGUUUUAGUAGUGGAAAGUUCUUAGUCCUUUUUUAUUGCACAAUGUGGAGAUGAAUGCUUUUUAAUGGAGUCGGUAUUGUCUACCCGUAGCCAGGUUUGGAAAUACGUCCUCAUAUCCAUCCACUGUGUUGUGAUUUUAGUUUGUACACAGCCUCCAGUCAGCUGAAACAUUCAUUUCCACUGUGAAAUAGUCCCCAGCAGUUUAUCACAGGAUGAGGUUUUAGUAUUUCAUAAACAUUUUUUGAAUCUCUUUCAUAAAACUACCUGAUUUGGCCACAUUUCAAUUAAGAUCAAUUACCAUUAAGUAUAAGAAGCAACUACAAAAUUACCUUGUUUGAUGUCAUAAAUUGUUUCACUUUUUUGCUGUCCUGUAUUAAUGUGAGUAUGUCCUGACACGACUAUCUUCCCUAUGUCUCUCAGUUAUUUUAUAUUGCACCAGUAAAGGGAAAACAAAGUAUUAGAACAAUUGGUUACUAUCUCAAAAUGUGUUAGCUGAGCUGUUAGCAUGACACAUUGUUAAAAAAAAAAGAUCUACUAGGACACAUGGAUGGAACAAAGAUAAUGUAUGGGGGAAAAAACGUAUCUUGGCAAACCAGCUCAACUAGCAGGACGUUGCAAAAAAAAAAAUCAAAGGCAUGUUGUUAUCGAGAAAUAGAAAGACAAUCAUUAUUAAGCCCUAAUAUGCCCUGCAGUGGAAAAACAGGUGUGUUUGUGUAUCUGUCUGUCUGGAGAUCUCAGGACAAUGUACCCGCCAACACACAGACAGAUGAACUGACAGAGUGAACGACAGACUCACUGACAGACAGACUGACAGACUGUGAACAAUGUAUUCAUUGCUUCUCCUCUCUCCUGCCUCCUGGUGUUAAUAAUGUACAUAGCUCAUACGUACGUAUGCCUGCAAAUUGCUUCUGCACCUUAUGGACAGCACUAUUGUGAGUGAGUGAGUGUGUGUGUGUGUGUGUGUGUGUGUGUGUGUGGG